AGGAACUCUAGUUGUAUCGCAAUAUGAUUGCGAGUGCCUACGGCUGCGUUUCAAUAUUCAAUGCUAGUCUGAAAAUAUAUAGUUCAGGUUACAUAUAUUAUAGAUUUUCAGUACUUGCAGUGAAUAUCGGAACGCAGCCUACAUGAAAAUUUCGUGGUUCAAGACAUCAAUGGCUCGCGGUUGUUGUUCAUAUUAUUUGUAAUAGCUUUAAGAUAGCAGAGUGAACACAAGUAUUACAAAACUCGGGCGAAGGACUGUCUCGCAAUCCUCAUAUCAGAAUUUCAUUGCGAUGGCUGAAAAUCGGGAUGCGAUUCUGGCUGACUUUCAGGCUUGCACCGGAAUCGAAGAUUUUGGAGAAGCCAUUCUAUAUUUGGAAGAAACAAAUUGGGAUUUACUGGCUGCAAUAAACAAAGCCAUGCCUCAGACUACACAGCAGCUACCUUCUGAAAUGACUCCAGAUAUAGAAAUGGUAGAAGAAAUUAAAGUAACACCACGCUCGUCUUCUUCAAAACUGCAAGUGGUGCAGAAUUCGAAAAAGACAGUAACUGCAAAAGCAGAUAUAAUAGAAAAUGCAAAACCUGGAACGAGUAGAUCUAAGAGUUGUAUGAAAAACAGAAUACUUACAUUCCAUAUUAAUUAUCUUGAUAACAUUUAUAAGCUAAAUUUAUCUGAGUUGUCCACUUUGAGAGAUCUUAAGCAAUUUAUAUGGUAUAAAACGAGUGUAGCACCCUGCCAACAGAAUCUUCAUGGAUGGAAGACAGAACCUGAAACACCGAAUACAGUACUGCAAACAUUAGAUUUGCCUAGAGAAAGUACAUUAUAUUUAUCAUCAUUAUCACAAGAUGGCGACUUGGCUAAUGAAAGCAUAAGUCUGUCAGAUCGCAUGAUUCAGUUUUACACAUUGAACAUAAAGGACGAGGUUCACAAUAAAACGUAUAAACUGAAAUUCCCUGGCACGCGUACUGUGCUAGAAGUAAAGGCGGACAUCUACUCGUUAAUAGAUGUACCUGUGCGAAAUCAGCAGUGGAAAGGUUGGCCUAGUUCGCUCAAAGAUGAUAAUGUGAUACUGGCACAAAGUGGGAUAUGUUUUCCAGAACACGAUUUGUUCGUUGGGAAGCUUCCUGCGAAGGAAGAAAAAAAGAAGGUCGUAGAUUUAAUUGACAGUGAUAGUUCCAUAGACGAGCCGGAAGAUGUGGAAGAAUUUGAAGAUGUUCCCGAAGAGUUUACUGGUGACGAUGAUAUUUUCAUAGACGACGUUAAACCCACUAAAAUAGAACGUCUCAUGCCAGAGAAUGUAGUAGAUGAGGUGAUGGGUACGUUACAUUUCGCGGAGCAAUUCGAAAAACGAUAUGGACCAGCGCAUCCAGAAUUUUUCACAGGUACAUUCGAAGACGCUCUGAAAGAAUCGUGUUUAAAACCAGCGAAAGAGAGAAAAUUAUUGGCUGUAUAUUUACAUCACGAUAACAGCGUAUUAGCAAAUGUCUUUUGUACUCAACUAUUAGGCUUCGAAACGGUGCUUCAACUUCUUUCAGCAAAUUUUAUAGUUUGGGGUUGGGAUAUCACAUAUGACUCUAACAAAGAAAGGUUUUUGUAUUCUGUAACUCAAACUCUUGGUACCGUCGGUUCUUUGGCUGUGUCAAGCAUAGAUGUCGAUACCUUGCCAGUUCUUAUGAUUAUUAUGAGAUCUAGAUCGAAUACAGAGAUAUUUACGAUCGUAGACGGCAAUGUAGGUGUUAAUGAGUUAUUAACGAAUUUGGUACAAGCCGUCGAUGUGUUUCAAGAGCAAAGACGAGCUGAUAUCGGUGUUGAAGAAGAACGGCAGGCUAGAGAAAGAGUCAAACAGGAACAAGACAGAGCAUAUCAAGAGAGUUUGGCAGCUGAUAGAGCGAAAGAAGAAGCGAAACAGAUGCAAGAGGAACUUGAAAAGAAAAAGGAACAAGCUGAAAAUGAAAGGUUAGCUGAAGAAGCGAGAAAAGAAGCUCACAGACAAGCUGUAGAGUCUAGUUUACCACCUGAACCACAACAAGGGGCAGGCGAUGGUGUAAUGAAAGUAAGAGUACGACUGCCGGCUGGAAAAUUCCUGGAACGUAAAUUUCAAUCAGAUACACCAUUACAAACACUCUUUAAUUUCCUUAUUGUGGAAGGUUAUCCUACAGAGGAAUACAAGCUCCUAUCUAGUUGGCCUCGAAGGGAUUUAACAUCUAUGGAUUCAAAGCUUACUUUGAUGGACUUGAAAUUUUGUCCCCAGGAAACAGUAAUUUUAGAAGAACGAUAAAUAAUAUGUUGUAAUUAAAUUGAAAUGUAGAAAUUAAGUGUCGCGAAAUAUUCUUCAGAAAUGUAUUUAUUUAACAACUUCGAGAUAGCAGUUAUUGAGUCCUGUUUAUCUUGCGAGUAUACAUUUUUACGCUGAAUUUUUCUUGUACGAGAAGAAGUCGUAUUGUGAUGCACUCUCUGCGCGAAUAUAAUUUUUAUUUUAUAAAAAAAAGAGAAAAAGAAAGUUCUUUCCAUUAUAUACUUUAAAUUCCCAGGAAUAAAUAGAAUUUUGGACAAACUCUCCCUGAUUUUAAACGA